UAUGCCUGAGAAGCAAGCUCCCAAUGAAUUCAAUUACUUGCACAUAGACAAACUGCACUUCACUAAGCCAUGUUGUUCUUUCACAUUUUCUAUUUGGAAACUACCAGCAAACAUGUCUCGACAAAGUUCAUGCUAACUGUAGUAGUUCAGCAAAAUACAUUAUGGGGCCAUCAUGCAUAUAACAGAAGAUAGGAGGCUCUAGACCAACUGGGCGGGGAGCAGGGAAAUUGUUGAUCUCGGCAGGCAUGGUUUUAGAAGACAGUUACAGUAAAUAAUGUAACUACGCCCAUCUCAUUUCCUUUGAAACAGCAAGGAGAGAAGAUGAGAGAAGUGCCGAGAUGAAACAGCUGCCCACAAGCACAGCGUACGCCAGAUGAAGCCUCCUUGAAAGCACUCAUAUCACUGGUGAUGAGACCUUCAUUAUUCACAGCAGAACAUGUAUUUACAUCCUGUUGAAGAAUGAAGGAGAUCAUAAAAAUUGGGGAGCAUAGUGCCUUGCUUCUAGGGAAAACAGACUGUAAAACGAUAGCUGAUGUUUAUCAUUUAUAAACAUGGGAUUGAUAAUCAUAACCAAAUGAAAUAUUUCAAUGAUGAAUGGAUUAAAGUUAUCUGGCAUCUUGUUAUUCGCUUUAUCUAUUGGCUUUGUCUACAAGACCACCAGAAAACAAUUAAGCUUUGAAUAUUUCCCUUCUUUUUUUUCAAAGUCUUUAACCAGUAGCAGUACCAGUAGCAGUACCAGUACCAGUACUAAUUACAAUGCCAGUAUAAAUGUAGAGGAGAUUCUAAAAGAAGGGAAUGGAGUUAUAUUUUUGGAGACUACAGACAGAAUGGAGCCACCAUCUUUAGUGCUGUGUGCUAUUGAGUCAGCGGCCCGUGUGUACACUGAUAGACCGGUGGUUUUCUUCAUGAAAGGUUUAACAGACAUUAAUUCAGAAGAGGAUGAGAAACAAGCAAAGGAAAAAUUUCCAUCUCUGUCAUCUUUUGAGAAUGUCUACAUCUUCCCACUCAGAAUGGAGGAAUUGUUUAAAGACACACCCCUUUCUGAAUGGUAUAAGAAGGGUAAUGAAAGGUGGGAACCUUACUGGAUCCAUAACCUCUCAGAUGCCUGCAGGAUGGCUAUGAUUUGGAGAUAUGGUGGAAUUUAUUUUGACGCUGAUGUCAUCUCAAUACGGCCAAUCCCAGAAAAGAACUUUUUGACUGCUCAAAGUACUGAUACAUCGGGCAGCAGUGUUUUUGGCCUCACUCCUCAUAACAAGUUUGCCUGGAAGUGCUUGAAUGACUUUGUGCUUAAUUAUAGAGGAGAUAUUUGGGGACAUCAAGGUCCAGGUCUUUUUACACGUGUUCUAAAACCACUAUGUGUCAUGCCUGAUUUUAAAGUUAUAGAUGAUAUUAUUUGUGGAAAUAUUUCUUGCUUGAAACCUGAGCGCAUUUACCCUAUACCAUAUCAGAACUGGAAAAAGUAUUUCGAAGUCUGGGACCAAGUACCGUCUUUCAAUAACACCUACGGCGUGCAUCUUUGGAAUUACAUGAACAGGGAUGAGAAGAAGUCUGUAGUUCCUGGCAGUAACACAUUGGUGGAUCAUCUCUACAGACAGUAUUGUCCAUCAGAAUAUGGAAAUCUUUCCGAACAUUAGGACAUUGUGACAUCAGACAAUAGAGUUUAAAUAUUAAAUAUUGAUCGGAUAUAUGCAUUCAUCCAUUUUGACUCAGAGCAACUGUUUUCCCUUAAGGUUCAGCUAAGAUAUAAAGUAGAGUUUUUUUUUAAUAUAUAUGAAUUAUUUCUGAUUUCUAAAAUGAUUAUAACUAAUCUAAAAUGCAUUGCAUAGUAUAUGAGCAUGAUAUAGUAUCAAAUGCACAUACUCUUUAACACUUUCAUUUUCAUUUUUUUAGUUUUUUUUUCCAUCCAUUCAUUUUCAUGCAAAAGUUGAUAUAAUAAAUGUUGGCCCCCACCUCAAUUAGAUUUGCCAGAUUUUGGACCCCUGAUAAUGGGGAAUUGUAACUGCUGGUAUAGUAAAUAUUUGAUGCACGUUUUCUUUCAUUUUUUUAAAAAACAUGUUUAACUAGGGGCCAACCAGUGUUAUUACAUGUAUUUUUUAAAUGACCUGCAAGCACAAUUUUUGCACUGUCACUGCAGAGAUAAGAGCUGUACUUUUUAUGUAUUAUUGUAUAGCACAGUCUGUUCAUAUAUUUUCCUUAAUAUAUACUAAAUGUGCAGUUCUGUCUGUUGUGUUAGAUUUUGAAACUGAAAGAGUUAACAUAUACAACUGGCCUUCUGUGACCACAACUAUCAUUGCAAUAUUUAAGCAAAGAAUAAAAUAUGGUUACACAGUUGCUUUUUGACAGGAACCGAGCCCUUCCUUGAAACUAUGACUGUUAUUUCAGGGAAAUAUUGCUGAAAAAAGUGCAAGUGCUUUAUAAAGCUGGAAUAUUUCUCUCUC